AUGAAAGUGAAAGAUUUAAAGCCUGGGUCGGCGGUUCAGCAAGAAACACGAAUAAGAUUCUGGAAUAAUGUAAAGAUAUUUACAUUGCAAGAGACCUCAGCAGAAAUCAUCUGCUCUGGAUCAGCACCAAAAUGGAGGGAGCUGCUUCUGAAAUGAGCCCCUCUGUGGCGCGUAAAACAAAAGGGACUGAGAGUGUCCUGAUGGAGAGAGCAGACUCCCCUGUACCCAGCUGUGUUUCCAUGAAGAGUGACGCGUCAAUGGAUCGACCAGUCAAAUUCAGAGAGGGACCUUUUCCUGCAGAUCAAAGUGUCCUGAUGGAGAGAGCAGACUCCCCUGUACCCAGCUGUGUUUCCAUGAAGAGUGACAGGUCAAUGGGAAAGACACUCAACUUGAGAGAGGGACCUUUUCAUACAGAUCAAAGUGUCCUGAUGGAGAGAGCAGGCUCACCUGUACCCAGCUGUGUUUCCCUGAAGAGUGACAGGUCAAUGGGAAAGACACUCAACUUGAGAGAGGGACCUUUUCAUACAGAUCAAAGUGUCCUGAUGAAGAGAGCAGACUCCCCUGUACCCAGCUGUUUUUCCAUGAAGAGUGACGCGUCAAUGGGAAAGACACUCAACUUGAGAGAGGGACCUUUUCCUACAGAUCAAAGAGACCAAAUGGAAGGAUGCAGUUCAGAUGUACAGGAUAAACAGGGUUUAUCUUCCAUAUUGAAGUCACUAGAGGAAAAUGCAGUGAGGUUCCUGAAGGAUGAGCUGAAGAAGAUCACGAGGUACCUAGAUCAGAAUUACCCAGAAUGCUCUGAGCCUCAGCUGGAGGAGGACAAUGACCUGGAUAGUGAUGGUCAGAUGCAGAAGACCAAUGUUAGAGAGGGAGCCCUGAAGAUCACACUGUACAUCCUGAAGACCAUGGAGCAAAAUGAUCUUGCUGACAUGCUGGAGAAGAGGCAUCUUCUGUCACAAUGUCAGCGCAGAAUCAAAUGCAACCUAAAGAAGAAAUGUGAGAGUGUAUAUGAAGGGCAAGCUAAGGAAGGACAGCCAAUACUUCUCAGUGAGAUUUACACAGAACUCUACAUAACAGAAGGUAGAACUGAAGGAGUCAAUGAUGAACAUGAAGUGAGACAGAUUGAAACAGCAUCCAAGAAAAGGCGAACAGAAGAUACUACAGUCAAGUGCAAUGAUAUAUUUAAACCCGUAUGUGGGCGUGAGACACCUAUCAGAACUGUACUCACUAAAGGGGUGGCAGGUAUCGGGAAAACAGUCUCUGUGCAGAAAUUUAUUCUAGACUGGGCAGAAGGAAAAGCAAACCAGGAUGUUCACUUCAUAUUUGCUCUUCCUUUCCGGGACCUGAAUUUGAUUAAGGGUGAAUACAGUCUGAUUGAACUGCUUCACCGCUUUGUCCCAGAACUGAAGUCAUUUGAGUCCACUGAGUUGUUUAAGUUCAAAUUCUUGUUCAUCUUUGAUGGUUUGGAUGAGUGUCGCUUGCCCCUAGAUUUUCCGAACAAUGAGAGCUGGUUUGAUGUAACAAAGAAAAUGUCACUGGAUGUGCUGUUGACUAACCUCAUUAAGGGGAAUCUGCUCCCAUCUGCCCUCCUCUGGAUAACCUCCCGGCCAGCAGCAGCCAAUCUGAUACCUCCUGAGUGUGUCCACCAGGUGACAGAGAUACGAGGAUUCAGUGAUGCCCAAAAGGAGGAGUAUUUCAGGAGAAGAUUCAGUGAUCAGAGCCUGGCCAGCAGGAUUAUCACACAUGUGAAAUCAUCAAGGAGCCUCUUCAUCAUGUGCCACAUACCUGUGUUCUGCUGGAUUUCAGCCACUGUGCUUAAGAGGCUUUUUACUGAGAAUGACAGGGGAGAAAUUCCAAGGACUCUGACUGAAAUGUACACACACUUCCUGAUCUUCCAGACAAGUUUAAAAAAUGACAAGUAUAGGCUACGGACCUCUGCAACCCUGAGUUGGACAAAUUGGCGCAGAAAAAUGGUGGUGAGAAGGAUGAAAAUCCAUGAAAAUGAGUUUAAUAAAUCUGGAAAGGAUUUCCUUUUAAAACUUGGUAAACUGGCUUUUGACAACCUUGAGAAAGGCAACCUCAUUUUUUAUGAGCAAGAUCUUUCAGAGAAUGACAUUGAUAUCGCUGAAGCUUCAGUUUACUCUGGAGUGUGCACAGAAGUCUUUAAAGAGGAGUAUGGGUUGUACCAGGAGAAGGUGUACUGCUUUGUGCAUCUGACCAUGCAGGAGUAUCUCGCUGCUUUAUACGUGUUUCUGUCAAACUCAUCAGCUGACCUGCUGAAGACUGCAGUGGAUCAGGCAUUAAAGAGCAAGAAUGGACACUUGGACCUCUACCUCCGCUUCCUCCUGGGCCUCUCAACAGACUCCAGUAAGACUCUGUUACGAAGGCUACUGGCACAGACAGGAACCAGCUCACAUAACAUUAAGAUAAUAACCAAAUACAUCAAGGAAAAAAUACAGGAGAGUUUGUCUCCUGAAAGGACCAUCAACCUGUUCCACUGUUUAAAUGAAUUGGGUGACAAUUCUCUAGUAGAGGAAGUACAAAGAUACCUGAAUUCAGGAAACAUUUCAGCAGAUGACCUCUCACCUGCUCAGUACUCAGCUCUGGCCUUUGUGAUGCUGAUGUCAGAUGAGGAGCUGGAUGUGUUUGAUCUGAAGAAAUUCAUCAGAUCAGAUAAGGAGCACUGGAGGCUGCUGCCUGUGGUCAAGACAUCUAGGACAGCACUGCUGAACGGCUGUAAACUCACAGAGAAAUGCUGUGAGAUGCUGUCUUCAGCUCUCAGAUCAAACUCCUCACCCCUGAGAAAGCUGGACCUGAGUAACAAUGAUCUGCAGGAUUCAGGAGUGAAUCUGCUCUCCGCUGGACUGGGGGAUUCACACUGUAAACUGGGGAUACUGAGGUUGAACAGCUGUAAUCUCACAGAUAAAUGUUGUGAGGCACUGGCUUCAGCUCUCAGAUCACACCCGAGUGAGCUGGACCUGAUUGACAAUAACCUGCAGGAUUCAGGAGUGGAGCUGCUCUCUGCUGGACUGGAGGAUUCACACUGUAAACUGGAGAUGCUGAGGCUGAAAAGCUGUAAUCUCACAGAGAAAUGCUGUGAGGCGCUGGCAUCAGCUCUCAGAUCAAACUUCUCACACCUGAGAGAGCUGGACCUGAGUAACAAUGACCUGCAGGAUUCAGGAGUGAAGCUGCUCUCUGCUGCACUGGGGGAUUCACACUGUAAACUGGAGAUACUGAGGGUGGACUGGUGUGAACUCACAGAGAAAUGCUGUGAGGCACUGGCUUCAGCUCUCAGAUCAAACCCCUCACCCCUGAGAGAGCUGGACCUGAGUGACAAUGACCUGCAGGAUUCAGGAGUGAAGCUGCUCUCUGCUGGACUGGGGGAUUCACACUGUAAGCUGAAGAUACUGAGGCUGUCAGGCUGUAGAGUCACAGAAGAAGGCUGUUCUUCCCUGGCUUCAGCUCUGAAGUUAAACCCCUCACACCUGAGAGAGCUGGACCUGAGCUACAAUCACCCAGGAGACUCAGGAGUGAAGCUGCUCUCUGCUGUACUGGAGGAUCCCAGCUGUAAACUGGAGAAGCUGCAUGUGGAUCACGGUGGAGAGUGCAGGACCAGAGCAGGCUUACAGAAAUACUUCUGCCAGCUGACGCUGGACCCCAACACAGCACACAGACGUCUGUCUCUGUCAGAGGGGAACAGGAAGGUGACACAUGAGUGGGGGGCUGAGGAGCAGCCAUAUCCUGAUCAUCCAGAGAGAUUUGACUGGUGGGACCAAGUACUGUGCAGAGAGAGUCUGACUGGCCGCUGUUACUGGGAGGCAGAGUGGGAAGGAGAUGAAGUUCGGAUAGGAGUGACUUAUAAAAGAAUCGGGAGGAAAGGACUGUGUGAUGACUGUUUACUUGGAUGCAAUGACAAGUCAUGGAGUCUGUACUGUAAUCCUCACCGUUAUUCUCUCUGGCACAAUAAGGAACAGACUCUCAUACCCAUAGAGCCCUUAGAUUCCCGCAGAGUAGGAGUGUAUCUGGACUGGGAGGCUGGUGCUCUGACCUUCUACAGAGUCUCCUCUGAUGGACUGACCCCCCUGCACAGAUUCACCUCCUCAUUCACUGAGCCCCUCUAUCCAGGAUUUGGGGCUUAUUAUACAGACUGCACAGUGUCGCUGACGCUGGGAUAGCUCACUGCAUAAAGAGGAAUCAUUUUUAUUGGUCCACUGUGUGCUACGUUACUGCUUCUCCACUGUAAAUCCCUGAUUUUUAACCUGUAUAAACCUUUUUACUCUGAAAUGUAUGUUUGACAGAAAUAAAUGAUGGGGUUCAGGGAUGAACAAACAUGCAAAAUAACUGUUUUUCAC